AUGUGGUUCCCAUGGGAACAGGGAGCCAGCCUUCCAUAUGGAACCUUGGACAGGAUAGUGGGCACACCAGAGACACUAGAGAUGCUGCCUUUCCUGCUCAUCUGUCUCCUGCCAGUCACUGUGGGAAAGAGCUGUCUCCGCUGCUGGCCAGAGCUGCCUUCCUUGCUGGACUAUGACCUACAGGUUCUCUGGGGCAGCCCUGGGCCUCCCGCAGAGCUCUCCCAAAGCCUCCACUCCUUCUUCAUGGAGGACAACCCCAUGCUCAAAUUCUGGUAUCUUGAUCAGGACCAACUGGAAGAAGAAACAGCCGUAUUCUUCAAACAAAUAGACCAAACCAUUAAGAAGCUACGGGAUGAUAAAGUGUCACUUCUGGAAGAGAUUAAUUCACAAAAGAAUCUCUUUGCCGAGAGACUAAAUGAGAGAUCUGAUGAACUGAGGGAAAAGGCUAUGAUGAUGCAGAACUACAAGUGGACUCUGAUCCUUGCAGUCUGUACUGGAUUCAUGCUGGCUAUCGCUCUAACUGGAUGUUUCUUGUUAUGGUGCAAGAAGAAGGAAGAGGAGCCAGUAAAUGAGUGUGAUCACUCAGGGCCAGGCCCCAAUGUGUGGCCAGCCCCAAGCCACAGAGAUGCCCAGCCAUUUACAGCCAAGUCACCAAAGAAAGAUAAGAACAAACAAAGAAAUACUGGAGAUAUUCAGAAGUAUUUGUCACCUAAGUCUCAAUUUCAUUCAACAUCACAGCCUUAAGUUGUACAAGAAGACAGGAAAAACUCCAUAUCUAAGGAAGUUAACAAUAGUGAUGCCAAAAGUCCUACGUGGCCAGAUACCAGAACCAAAGAAGAUAUGCCAACAUGUUCUCCACAGAUAUGCCUUGAAACUCAGGAACAAGGUGCAGCGUCCUCAAUAGAGUCACCUUUGCUACAGUUACAUGCCUGUGAAGGAAGAGCCCUAACAAGAUCACAUGAUGAAAAAAGAUUGUGUCAGAGUCAUUAGGAGCCUAACACUGAUUCUAAAGAAGCUACAUUUACACCUUGUGGCAUCACAGAGAAUGGGUGUACUAUGUCAGGUAGGACGCAGAAGAUUGGAAACAGCACAGAUUCAGCAGAAAAUAAAGAGCCCCACCUGUUGACUAGUAAUGAUAUUUCCAAAAGGAAAAAUGAAUUCUCAUUUGAAGCAGUCAAGAAUCUACGCUUUUCUUCAAAAAGAAGAAAAAUGUUCCCCAAAUCUUCUUCAGAUCAAAAAGAAACAGGAAAAUUUUUUACCCAAAAACUGAUAAAUAUAGAGUGUAUACUUUUUGAGAUUCAUAAAAGAGAAGAGCAGACAGUUAUGUUAUUAGCAUUUCAACUUCAGAAGGAUGUAGAUAAAGAACAAAUGAUGCCAAACAAGCAAAAAGGAUCCCCCAGAUGGGUAUCCACUAUUGCUAUAUCCUCACCUCCAGAAAACUAGCUCGAUGGACAAAGGAGAAAUUCCAAAGACAGGAACUUCAAAAAACAAAUUGAUACAGUGCUCAAAAUGGGGGAGAACUCAAGAGAUGGAAAUCAGAAGCCUUCUUCUAGAAUACAGCUGAAAUAUUCAGCUAAUAAAAAAAAGAUGCCAAAGUCUACCAGAGAUAACUGUAAUUUAAAUAAAAGUGCUCAUUCCCUUCAGCUUAUUAAUUCACAGAAAAGUAUUUUUCAAAUGUUUCAGAGAUAA